AUGAAAGGUUGCAUAUUCUGCACGCUGUAUGAAAAGAAAAUAAACAUAAUAUACGAAACAGAAGGUGCAUUUGCACUUUUGGACAGAAACCCGCUCUCCACAGGGCACUUCAUGGUCAUUCCAAAGACACACCAUCCGUCUUUUGAUCAGUAUGAAUUGAAGGAUCUAGAAGACGUGCUUCCGAUGAUAAAGCAUCUUAUUGAGCGGCUUGGAAUCAAGAAAUACAACAUCUUGCAGAACAAUGGGAAUCACCAAGGAGUGUUCCACGUACACUUCCAUGUGAUUCCGUAUGUUUCUGAUAAUGAACGUCUGAGGAUUGACUGGGAAACCAUGGAAGUUAAUGAUGACGAUUACUCAGCACUGGUUGAGCAGGCACGCUCAAAGGCUUCUGAUUAG